AUUCCAUUUUUCCCUGUAUUCUCUUCCGUAAAGCGUCUCCUGCGGUACAGUCUUGGGUCCGUUUCUCUUGGGUCACUGGUGGUGUCAAUUGUGGAGUGGGUGCGGUUUAUACUCGAGUCUCUUCGUCGCAGGUUGAAGCACGUUGAUACUGUUUCUGAAAGCUGCAUGGGGAGAACAAUGUCCUCUUCUUCUCAUUGUUGCCUAGGGUGCAUAGGUCGGACCAUCAAAUCCGUGAAUCGGAAUGCUUAUAUUAUG